GCAAGAAAGAGGGGAAAAAAAGAGGAGGAGACAGACAGACAGAAACCCAGCCCAGCGCAUAGACUGGUUUCCUGUUGCCUGCUUCUAAAACCUUCAGAUUCCUUCAGCCCUUCAGAGAGCCUGAAGAUUUCUCCUCUCCGCUGCCCCGUCUGUGAGGCUCCACUGAUAGAAGAUGCAGGCGUGGGUCUUCUUCCUUCUCUGCCUGGCAGGCAAGGCACUGGCAGCCCCUCAGGAUGCUCUGCCUGACGAGAUCGAGGUAGUGGAGGAUCCUACAACAGAGGAGCCCGUGGGAGUCAACCCCGUGCAGGUGGAGGUUGGAGAGUUCGAGGAACCCACCGUGGAUGUGGAGGAGAUCGUCGCGGAAAACCCCUGCCAGAACCACCACUGCAAGCAUGGCAAAGUCUGCGAGGUGGACGAUAACAACUCCCCCAUGUGCGUGUGCCAGGACCCCUCCAGCUGCCCCAGCAGCACCGGCGUGUUCGAGAAGGUCUGCGGCACUGACAACAAGACCUACGACACCUCUUGCCACUUCUUUGCCACCAAGUGCACCCUGGAGGGCACCAAGAAGGGGCACAAGCUCCACCUGGACUACAUCGGCCCUUGCAAAUACAUCCCCGCGUGCCUGGACACUGAGCUGACCGAGUUCCCCCUGCGCAUGCGGGACUGGCUGAAGAACGUGCUGAUCACCCUGUACGAACGCGACGAGGACAACAACCUGCUGACCGAGAAGCAGAAGCUCAAGGUGAAGAAGAUCCAUGAGAACGAGAAGCGCCUGGAAGCCGGCGACCACACCAUGGAGCUACUGGCCCGUGACUUCGAGAAGAACUACAACAUGUACAUCUUCCCCGUGCACUGGCAAUUUGGCCAGCUGGACCAGCAUCCCAUCGACGGGUACCUGUCCCACACCGAGCUGGCCCCGCUCCGAGCCCCUCUGAUCCCCAUGGAGCACUGCACCACCCGCUUCUUCGAGGCGUGCGACGUGGACAACGACAAGUACAUCGCCCUGGAGGAGUGGGCCGGCUGCUUCGGCAUCAAGGAGCAGGACAUUGACAAGGACCUCAUCAUCUAAGCCACCGGCCUUCUUCGCUGUCGCCUACAUUUUUUUUUUUUUAAACCUCCCGUUUCCUCUUAUUUUGAAACCUUUGUUUGGUUUGGUUUCUCCCCUGGGGACAAGGUGCUAAUAUAGGUCUAAAUCGUACAUAUUAACGGUGCUAAAAGACACAACAAACUCAGUGUUAGUUGCCUAAUCUAAGCCACUAGGAUGCUCUACUCACUCCCCCGUUUCUGCACGUUCUCGCUGAUCCUCUGAGUCAACGGCAUUGCUGCAAUGACCCGUCCUGGAGGGUCGCCCCCUCUUCCUCUCCUCUCUUGGGUCUAUUUUUUAAGCUUCUUACUAACACCACAUUCUUCAGAUGUUUAAAUGUAGAGCAAAGACAGCCCAGGUGAUUCACUCCUUGAUUUCCAGAAGGCGAGUGAGGGAAGGUCUAUCCAGAGGGUGUUGGAAAGUUGGGCUUUUCGAAGCUUAGCAGAGGUAUUUUUAGUGAUGUUUCAGAGCUCCUGGCACGGAGAAAGAAGAGGGGAUUCAGAAAGUCCAGAACAGCAAAUCUGAACUUCCCAGGGCUUGAAUUUAUCAGGAAUUGGGCACAAAAACAUUCAAAACGCACAAAAUUUAAAACUCUCUCUCUCUACACCAGCAUGUAAAGACACCCCUCUAAAAAUAAAGGUUUGAAAAUGCUCCCUGCUUGCUCAUGGCUCAAUGA